UUUUUUUUAGGGAGUUAACUGUAGCCGUGAGUUGAAGUUUUGGUAAUAAUUAUGAGUUUUUACACUUUUAAUUCUGUUUAGAACCUUUUUUUCUGUAAAUCUUUCCUUUGAUUUACCUUGAUUACUUUUGUUUAUGUGAAUAUAGUGACAAUAAUAAAGCUCCAGCAAAGUGGAUUAACCUUUAUUGACCAUCAUUUUGUUGAUUGGAUGUAAUAUGUUAAAAGAUGGACAACAAUAUUCAAGACAUUUGUCGGGUUUGUCGAUCAGAAGGGUCUACAGACAAGCCUCUGUACCAUCCGUGUAGAUGUACUGGAAGUGUAAAAUAUAUUCAUAAAGACUGCUUAGUACAAUGGUUGAAGUACAGCGAAAAGGAGUAUUGUGAGUUAUGCAACUACAGGUUCUCAUUCACAACAAGUCGUAGUUCACGGAUCAUCUCAUCUUAUAAAGUUUUUGAAACUGACUGUCCCAUUGGAACAAUUAAAAGGAAACCAAGUUUACCAUUAACCUCAACCACACGAAAUUUGGCCAAACAAUCAGAUAACGCAGUGCUAGAUAUUGAAUCAUCAUCAUCUGGAGAUGACGAGAAAACAUUUAAAAAUGGAAUAUUUCGUCUGAGAAGAUCAGCAACAGCUGAAAGGCUAGAUAAUAGUUUUACUUAUGAAGGUAAAUCGAUAGGAAGAUUUGAACCACCCAUGACCAAUCAAACACCUCAAGACUCAUCUGAAGAUGCUGAUUGUGAAGAGGAAGAAGAUGAUUACGGUGACGAUGAUCUAGAUGAUUUUCCAUUGCCACCACCACCAGAGACAUUAACAUCAAGUUUAAGCUGUUUAAGUCUUGACUCACUUCCGCCUCCACCGUCGGAAUUUUUAGAUAACUCUGAUGACUUCAAAAUAACAGACAAAACUGAAUCUACUCAAAGUCUUAGAAGAUUUUCAAAUGCUAAACCAAUUUCGCCGGUUGUGCCUCCAAAUCUCGACUACUUAAACGAUAAUUUAUUUGAAUAUUUGACUCGGAAUAAUGGUAAUAAAAGAAACAGUUGCACCAGUACAAGCACUAGUACUGACAGUACUACUAGUAGUAAUAUCAAUAGCAACUCUAGCCGAGUUUCAACCAGCAACUCAAAUCAUUAUCAAACGACGCUUAAACGUGAUUCCAUGAAUCGUAUCACAGGUUCUACACUACCAUCGCCAAUGCAUAACCAAAGUCCAUCACCAGUCUCUAUCACUACGAUAGCACAACAACGCUUACAAUCACAACAUUCUUACUCUGACCAAUUAUACCCUGAAUCACCCAAACCAAAUGACUCCAAAAAUGAAGCAAAUAAGGAACCAAUUUAUCAACAAAUUCCUGCUCAUUUCGUAUCUAAUCAAAUUUCAUCUUCAACAAAUGUAACUUGUCGACAACCAAAUUCACAGCAUUAUCAAUAUCCUCAAAUGCAACAACAUCAACAAUUACUAGGUCAUUCAAAUGCAAAUAUUUGUCAACCAUCAAACCAUGCUGAAUCUAUUGAUGGGCCAAUCUAUCAAGAAGUGCCAAAAACCGUGGCUCAAAAUGUUAAUUAUGGAAAUAAUAGCAAUAAUAAUAAUAACAGAGAGUCACUUUCUCAACGAUCAUCUAAUGGAUUGAAUUUAUCUUUUAACAACAAUUCAUCUCCAGUCAUAAUCUCAACCAAUACGAUGAGCCCCGGAUCACGGCCAUCCUCAAUUGUUUCUACUCCUACUAACAAUUGUAAAACAUCGACAUUCAACAAAGUCGAAAUAGCUGCCAGUUUCAAUUAUCCCCCUCCAAUGUCCCAAAGAAACCCUAUGAAAGGUCCUUUACCACCUCCACCAGAGAUAUUUCUUAGAGAUAUCCAUCGAGUUAUGGAUAAAAAAUGGAAAGUAGCUCAACAGUUGUCAGUUGACACAAAUCAGACUAUCGACCAAUUAAUCUUUGGGUUUCGUGGUUCACAUGAUUAUUAUUAUUAUUAUGAUUAUCCACAGAAUCAACAACCCUCAGAAACACCAAUCCCACCUUAUCCCUCUCAAACGAUCAACAAUCAUUAUGAAGUACCUCCAAAUAUGUCACAUUAUAAUCACAAUUAUAAUCAAAAUUAUCAAUCCAAUCCUUACCAGCAAAAUGUUUCUCCAUGUCAACGAAUAGACGAACUAUCUGAAUGUAAUAAUGCAAUCCAUUCAUCACCCAACUCUUCUGCAUCAUCUUCCUCAUCCGGAACUUCAAACAGUUCAAUGAUGUCCAGUCCAUAUUAUAAUGAAAUUCAGGAACGAGAUAUUCCAGUUCUACCUCCUCCGCCUAUACUGAGAUGCACCAAUUCAUCUUUGUUUGAUAAAACAUCGAUUAGGGGUAAAAGUGCCCCUCCACCUCCGCCCAGGCGUAGUGAUAAAACUCGUCUCUCUGGUCGUAAUCAAUUGAGAAACUAAAUCGUCAAUCAUUUAAAAAUCUGUUGAACUUUCUCAUGUUAAAAUGUUUUCCUCUCAACCUUCAUCCAAAUUCACCCAUUCGUCCCACUUUUUUGCCUUGUCACCUAAUAUUUUCCUGCCCUGACACCUAAAUACCUCUGACAAAAAUCACUCCAAUUAUCCUAUUGUCCUUUCGUCUCUUACAACCCAGACAAUCUUAAAAGUAUUGAUGAGUUUAACUUGCAAAAAAAUGAAAACCAAGUCAAAGCAUAAAACGAAAAUUAUUAGAUAAUUUAGUGAUUUGAUACCAAAAAAAAUCAAGACAUAAUGAGAAAGCUUUGUUACUUAAUUCGAUAAUGUUUAAAGAAACGUUUCAAACUCUUAAUCCAAUCAAUAUAGAAUCUCUUUAUUAUAGAGUCAACGUUCAUAUUUGAAUCAUUUUUUACAUAUUUCCAUUUUUCCUAAUCUUGUCUUGAAUUGUUCAUUUUGAUCACUUCAGUCAUUGAACCAGGCAAUUUUAUUGAAACAAAAAUGAUGCUUACAUCCAUUUUACAUUUUAUUUACAUUUCUCUAACCUCCGGUUCAACUUUUGUACAUUUCUCAUCUUCUCUAGCUGUAAUUGAACGUCAAUUGAAUUCAAAAUUUAAAUGCAAUAAUAAAGGAUUCCAAAAUCUUGACUAAAACCUUUUGCUAAUCAGUUCUUACCUAAAUUUUUGAGUUUGAUUUCAAUUGAAUUUCAAUGUAUCAUCAAAUAAAUGAUUUUACCAAUAAAUCAUUCUUUUUCAAUUUGAUUUUGAUAAUUUUGCUUUUCAAUUAGCUUAAUAUCAGCUCAUCAAUUGACAAUAGAUGUCAAGAAGCUAAAAAACAGACCAAUUUAUGUAUAAUUCAAGCAAUUUGAAUUGUGAGGGAAUGAUUGAAGCGAAAACAAAACCAGAAUUUGGAUUAUGAAAUUAACUCAACGAUUGUUUUCAGCCAUUGAUUAAUUUUAUCACGAUUAAACAGUUAAAUGGUUCAGUUUGAAUUGAAUGUAAAUUAGCAA